AUUCCUUGAUGGACACCUUACAUACAUUGAGACCACAGCUAUGAUAAUAAUAUAUGGAGUUUACUUGGCAGUCGUACUGAUUGGAAACUAUAUUGAGGCCUACAAGCUGAAGAAAGAGCAAAUCAGGUCAUUUAUGGAAAAAGUAGGGAACAAUCAAAGUUCUCGGCGGAGUACAAGGCACACACUCCCACCUCCCACACGACAGCGUAAACAGUCCAUAAGUACACUAAUGGAUGUGGCUUUGAAGGCUGAACGUCGCUCUGUAAUAUCCCGAAUGGGAAUCAAAGAAGAAAAGAGAGAAGAAAGAUCCAGACAAACAGCAUCUCUGAACCAACCAGAGGAUAAUAAAGGUACCUUUGGCUGGAUUUUGUGUGUUAAAUCUAGGUGCUUUUUUUAUUAGUAACCAAAAUGAAAAAAAUAUAAAAACCUUUCAAAGAUGGGAAGACUUGCCUUUUUUAACUUUAUGAUAGAGUUUAUCGU